UUAGGAACCAUGUUUGGAUUCCGCCUUCCGAUAUAAAAUAUUAUUGACUGGUGUUGUUUCAGUUAUCUUUUCCACUCAGUCUUAUUCAUAUUGGAAGAUGCUCUUUAUCUGUAAUUUUCUGAUGGUAUGGUGAGACCAAUAGACAUCGACUAAUUAUCUCUUUGUGAACAACUCCCGUUUGCGUUUGAUUCGAUCUUAGCUUAUCAUGGCCACUUCAGCGAUGCUCGAUAAUGGCACAAAAUUCGACAUUGCUUCAUGGGCAAAUUGGACCGCGGUAAAUGUUACACAAUAUGUGCCAUCCGCAAGGGAUCUCGCUUUGGCAGGACCGCGAAUGGUUAUGAAACUUGGUUCCUUUCUUACAGUUCCCGAAACCGUUGAUAAUAUAUUGGGUAUAAGGAUGGGGGCACGAAUCAUUCCAGAAGCCACUGGCGUUGGCAUACCUGAUCCUGCGGAAACAAUAACCGCUGCUGCAGUUGCGGGCAUAAGACAAGCUGUAGAGACCGGCUCAGCAACAUUCACGGAAGAGAAUAUUAUGGAAAGCUCAAGGUUCUCUUUGGAGAGUGCGCGAAGUCUGGGAGGUCUAUUUACUUAUGCCACAAGCAAAUGGGCGCUAGGAUGUAUAGUGAUGGCCGUCGUCUUAAAUCGCACGCAUAUAAUGGCUAGCACAAGAAGGCCCCUCGAAUUUACCUGGAAACCACGCUUCCUAUUACGAAUAAUACCAAUACUCUUACUUCUCAUCCAAGCCACGUGGCUGCUACAAUCAAUUCAAUGCCAGACAUCCCCUGAUUUUGGUUACCUACGGUGGGGUAACUCAUCAAAAUCUAAUAGCCUUUUGUUCACCCAGAAUGGAGGACCAUUGCAUACGUUCAGCCAAGCUCUUCUAUUUGGUGCUAAAGAUUCGGACUCAUGUCUGGCAAUCAAUAUGAUUCCUACUGAUUAUAUCGCGGUGAAUGAGACGAGCUCUGAAGAAAACAUUCCCACCACAUAUAAUCUUUCCGGAUCUUUGUCACUUCUAUGGCCUUUAUUCAAGACUUUUAGCUUCAGUCAAUUUGUCGAAACAGUAUCCUGUGCUGUUCAAGGUAAGUUUAGCCUAUAUAGCUUCUAAGAUUCCUUUUAUUUCCAUGCUCAGGGUAGUGCUAGGGGUUUCUACUUCUUAAUCUUGUCACUCCCUGUAAUAGCUUGGAUGUACUUGUAAGUGUGUCUCCUAACAAAAUUCAGGUCGUCAGGUCGCAGCCGAAACUGGAAUGACACUCUUCGAACACUCAUUAGCAUUUGCUGAGGCUGAUGCUGCGGUUAGUGCUCAAAUUAUUGGGUUUAGCAAGAUUAAGGUUUCCACGGAAGACGACGCAAACGCUGGGCCCACUCAAAUUGCUAUCACACGCUCCAUGAUUAUGAAGAAGAUAAACACCACACCAGAGGUUCUACUAGUUGGAUUUCUUUCGGUCAUGAAUCACAUGAGUAGUCACAUCCUGGGAAUAUUCGACGUUCAAGGAAGGUUCCGAUUGCUUAACACUGGAUUUUGGGGCAUUUCAUUCAUGUCCGUCAUAGUAUGGAGCCUCUUCUCAUUUUCCUUUGAGGAUUUUUCGACUCAAGGAUUAUUGAGAUUUCCCACGGUCUGUAUCGUUGGAUUUAUCCCUCACGUACUCGUUCUCUGCGGUAUCAUUAUAUGUUCAAUCAUAUAUGGCGUUGCGUUGAUUUUGUCUACAUUGGCACCUCCUAGUGGUAUUGAUGAGUCCGAUACUCCAGUCGGACGAAACCUACCAGGUACCCAUCCUCGAUUAUCUUUCUCACAAAGACUGGUCAAAGCACAUCAUAAUAUGCAAGCAAAUGUUCCCCUAUCAAGUAUUCGGAUUACGAUGCACAUGGACUUCUAUACCGCCUUACUCAGGACAGGCUUUGCUGUUAUGACUAUGGCGAGUGAAGCUGUUUACCUGAAUGAGAGUCGCGGAGUAAACGUCAAACCUAAUACCUGGCUUGAAGAUGAUCGUCUACGUGAGAUUGAAGAGACUGGAGCUCUAUGGCUAGGUCCAAGUUUCAGAGCACAUGAAGCUGAACUUGCUAUAGAUAAUCAUAUGCCUCACAAUGUUGGUCUCGUGGCGGCUACAAAUCAGAAAUUUCUAUCUCACAGUCCUUAUUUACGCGAAAUGACUGCACAGAAAAAUACAAAAUCCAAAGGACAGGAACGAGCAAUACGAGAUGGUGUCGGUGCUACAGAGCGUAGUGGACGUUGGGUGAUGGCCUUGGAAUUCUUCAUUGGUAUUAAUAGAUUAGUCUGCAGUUGGUAAGUACAAUAUUCUCCUUCUUGGUUCUAGAUAUCCUCCUCAUUUUGAUGAUUGACAUUGGGAAUUGGCACCGAAUACGUCAUUCCCAACACAUUUGCAGAGCCGUUUCCAGUAUUGGAGCUCAGAUUACUCAUAAAGCGCAAAUCACAAUUCUACCUACUGGCAACUACUAACUCGUGGAUUGUAGGUGGGCAACAUGUAUCCUGAUGCUCAUGAGUUGGCUGGGUAUUCAAAGUCGUCCAAGAUGGCUUCUUUGGCUUGUAAGGCAAACGAAGAGAGAGUCUUUGAACACAGCUGUACAAGCAAACGAUCCAGAUACACUUAAUUUCUGGCUACUCAAUAUCGAUGGGGAAUUAACUUUACCUAAAGAUGAGCAUGUGGACGUAGAGGUUGAAAUGAGACGGCGACUCAAGACUGAUCAAGAAUAUUGGAGUCGACAUAGGGAGGCUGAGUUAGACUCGAGCCUUUAUCAAUGGUGGCUUAAUGGUGGUUGGUGGGGAAGUGAUGAUAACAGCGGAACAUUCACUCCCGAGAGAAAAGAUAUCGAAGAUGACAUGACCAGUGUGAUAUCCUAUUCGACAGAAAAUGAAACAGAUUGGGAGUCGGAUGAUGCCCUUACAGAUGGUCAAAGAACUCCCACACAACGGUCCCCUCAACCAUCACGAGAAUCUAGCCCAAUCAUCGACACACCCUUAUCCUCAACAGACUUAGCUCAACUAUUACAUCCUCGAACCCCUGAAGAACGAGCCGAAGCACAAGCCCUCGCCCAUCACCUCACAAGUGACAAAAUCAUAACCCGUUCCCGCUACCGAGAUAUGAUCCAAAGAGAACGUGCCCGCGUCUUAACAUCCACUCUCCAACGUCCCCCGAACUUCAUCUCCUCUGAUCCAUCCGGAAAACUUUCUCCCGACGAAGAAGCGCAAAUUCUCGAACAUCUCAUCAUUUCAAAACGCAACUAUCAAAAGGCUACCAAAGAACCUGCUUCUUGGAUGCAAGGUGCAUCAGGUAUGGGAGAAAAUGGUCCACAAUGUGUAGUAUGUCAGAGUUCACCUAGGAGUGUUAUUGUAUGGCCUUGUCGUUGCUUGAGUUUAUGCGAUGAUUGUCGUGUUACUCUCGCGAUGAACAACUUUGAUAAGUGUGUUUGUUGCAGGAGGGAUGUGGUUAGUUUUAGUAGGAUUUAUGUUCCAUAGUGGGAUUGUGGAGACAUGAGGAGACAUGAGGAGAGGAGCUGGAGUGAAGGAAAGCGGGAGUACAGAUUGACUUGAGCUAUUACAAAUACCAGGUUUCCAUGGCUAGGUUGGAGGUUGGGUUUAUUUCUUUAUGGUAUGAGAUUUGCAUGGAGAGCAGCGAAAUGGGUGGGAUCGAUUCGUUCAAUGAUUUUUCUUUUCUUUUUCAAAGGGGCGCAUAAUUUUCAUCAUGAGGAGUAGUACAAUGUUGUUAUUUUUGUAUCAUUAGGUCAUGGUGUGAUGUAUGUGAGUUCAGUAGUGUCUAUUGUAACAUGAAUACAGAAUACAUAUCGGUACAUGAUGGCCAGGUUUAUUCAGAACAUUCAAUU